GAGGGGAGUUAAACUAAGUCAGCUCCUGCUUUGUGAAGAAAGUUUUCUUUCACUGCCUGGCUCAGGGCUGCCUCUGAGAGGACUGAUGUGGGUUUGUUAUUGCUGGGCUAAGGAGGCACUUUGGAUGGUCAUGGGCCUGCAUUCAGUCAUUUUAUUCUGUGCGGUUGUCGCAGGAGUGCCUAGGAGAUCCAAGGAGAAUUUAGGCCCAGAAACUGCCUGUAUGACUGACUGUGCUGAACACAAUGAGCUGAAUUUCUCCACGGGAUCCAGAUACAGCUACAGGUAUUCAACAGCUACCAAUACGUUCCUGCAGGGAAGCAUCUACAAAAGGAGUGGCAUAGCUCUGGAAGGUAAAGUGAUCAUUGAAGCCCUAGGAAAGUGCCACAUGUUCUUAAAGUUGCAAGAUGUUCAGCUAAAGAAGACCCUGGCAUCCAGAGAGGAGUCUCUGAAAGAAAUGGACAGUUUAAGGGGAGCACUAGAGCACCAUCCACUUCCGUUUUCUUUCCAUAAUGGGAAAAUUCUGAAGAUCUGCCCUCUGCAGCGCGAACAGGCCUGGGUGCUGAACAUCAAGCGGGGCAUUCUCAGUAUGCUUCAGACCUCCCUUGUGGCUGCUGGCGGCGGAUCCAUUGAAGAGAUGGACAUUCUGGGAAAAUGCCCAACCAAAUAUCGGCGGAAAGGCCCUCUUAUUUUGAAGACAAAAGACUUACAUCUGUGUUCUCACCGGUAUUCGGGUUUUAUUUCCCCGAAAUCCAUAGCUCUGCCUGAUGUACAGUCACAGCAGCAGAUCCUAUCCUCCAGACUGGAAUGCGCCCAGAGCUUUAAGGAUGGAAUCUUGACAGAAGCCAAAUGCACUGAAUCCAGUCUUGUCACGCCUUUCUCUAGGAAGGGCACUGGGGCAAAGACACAGACACAGUCCUCAUUGAAACUCCUGCAAGUGGAAGCAGGGGUGUUAUACAGUACAGUGAACUCCAGUGAUCUCUAUGUGAGUAAUCUGCUGUAUGAACGAGAGGGAAAUGAGAGGCCAUCCACAGAAGAGGAGGUGGCUGAACUGGUGCGGAAGCUCUGCUUAGUACAUGGCAUGAGUUUUGAGACUGCAGACCUCUUCAUGACUCUGGUGUUUGAGCUUCGAAGUCUCUCUGCUGAGGCUUUAAUAGGCCUUUGGCGCAGAUCUUCAUUUAAAUGCAGGGACAACUGGCAGCCAUUAGUAGAUGCUCUCCCAUCCUGUGCUACAGAGGCCUGUGUUGUCCUGAUGAAAGAAAUUAUUGUUGCAAAAGAAGUGGAGGAAGACAAAAUGGAAUCUUUCCUUUGGUCAUUGCCAUUCAUCCCUGAGCCCACCGCAAGCAUGAUCGACACUCUCGCUCCUUUGCUACAGUCACCAGGAGCAAGUCAGAGCAUCUUCUUAGGAAUAACUGCUCUGGUGCAUCAUUAUUGUUCAGCUAACAGUGCCUGUGACCUUCUGCCUGCAGUACAGAUGGUGACAAGUAUUCUGGAAGCAUAUUUAGGAGGAAACUGCACCUUGCAAGAAUCAGGACGCAGCCAGCUAGUGUUAAAAGCAAUUGGAAAUGCAGGGCUGGCAGCAACUUCCCUAACACCUGUCCUGAGUUCUUGUGCAUCCCUGAGAAGCAACCCUACAGAAAUUCGCCUGGCCGCCAUACAGGCCUUCAGACGCAUCCCCUGUGCUGCCAAUCGUACUAUAUUAGCCCAGCUAUAUCAAGCAACUGAUGAUGAUGUGGAAAUAAGAAUUGCUUCAUAUUAUACAGCAAUGAAGUGUCCAAGUGAAGAGCUGUUUAACCAAGUACAACAGACUUUGCAGGAGGAGACAUCCAGCCAAGUGGGUUCUUUUGUUUGGAGUCACCUCUCUCAGCUCCUGGAGACAGAUGACCCAUUAAAACAGCAUCUUAGAGAGUCUCUUCCUGAUGACAUCCUUAGCAGAGAGUUUGACUGGGAGAUAUGGAAAUAUUCCUCAUAUUCAGAUGCCACUUUUCAGUCAGCAACUGUAGGUGCAAAUGUGGAGGCAUCACUGGUCUUUUCUCCUGCUUCUUUCAUCCCACGAUCAAUAAUGACAAACUUCACUAUACAUGUUCUAGGUCGGGCUAUAAAUCUACUGGAGUUUAGUGUAGGGCUAGAGAAUGCGGAAGAUCUUAUGCAGAAGAUGCUUGGACAACACUCUGCUAUUUUUAGUGAAUACUUCUUUACAAAUACUGAUGAAAAAAAUUCCAAAUCGGAAGAUUCACGGGAGACAGCUGGAAAACCCAAACAAAAGAAGCUGACUUCAAGGAGAUACAGUCGGGGAGAUCGUCUUGUGACCAAAAUUGCCAAGCCCAAGUUAAGAGAAGCACAGCAGGGCUGUCCAAGUGGAAAGUUCAAUAAGAUGAGUGAUUUAAUGAAAAAGUUUACUGAAAGGAAGGGAAAAAAGGAGCUGAAAUGCAAACUGAGCAUGAAAAUCUUUGGCAAUGAACUCAGCAUUUUGGACUGUAAAGAUAUAAAGAAACAAUUGAAACAUUAUUCCCUGAGUGUGGCGGAGCUGGCCGUCAAGCUUCUAAAGGGACAAGAGGUCCAGUUUAAUAAAAGAUUAAGUCUGGCUACCGAAGAAUUGCUUUUUCCAUCAAUUUCAGGCUUUCAAGUUAGACUGGCUUUAAAUGCUUCAGCAGCAAUCAAUGUAAAGAUCAAAGGGAAUAUGGAUUUCAAACAACAAUCAAAUUUUUUCAUAAAUGGAUAUAUCAAACCAAGUGCAUUUAUCCAAAUUUCUGCACAAAUGGGAAUUGUGGGGAUUUUGGGAAAAGCUGGCCUGAACUGGGUGACAGGAAUGAGGACAUCAACCAACCUUGAUGGAGGAAUCCAGGCAAAAAAGGGACAAGAACUUAAAAUUUUCUUGAACACCCCUGAAGAAUCCAUGGAGAUAAUUGAUUUCAGCUCCAAAUUUUACCUCAGAACAAUGGAUGAGAUGGAAAAUAUUGAAGGCUUCCAAGACCAUAUAGAAAGCAAAUCCUGCACUAGUGAGGAAGUGUCCAAGAUUUUUGGCUGGCAGUUGUGUUCUGAAAUGUCUUAUCCUUGUAAAACCAGUAAUUUGCCUUUCCUACUCUCUGGACCAUCAAAAGCAGCUGUGACAUUAAAGAAACAAGAUAAAGGCUUGCAACAGUACCUGUUGGAAGCGGCCUACAAAUAUAUUCCUCAGGAGGAUUCUUGGCUUCCAAGUGAAGCUGUCCUUUAUUUCUUUAUUGGGACACCAAAGUCAGACCUGAAAAGGGAUGUUGGGGUUGACUUCAGUUUUAAUAUCCUACAGAAGACAUUCAAAGUCAAAUUUAUACAACCAAAGAAAAAAAUCCAACUUGAUGGAAAACUUGAGUUAUCCAAGAAUUCACAAAUUGGACACCUGAAGCUGAUACUAGAUGACAAAGAAGUCUAUUACAUUAAGGGAAUGACAGAUUUGCAAACAGCAAGUGGAGAGCAGAGAUAUGCAGUCCAGCUGGAGGUUAAGCUGAUAAAGCAAGGCAGUCCUAUCAUUCUGUCAGGAAACUUCACUAAGCAACUUGGCAAAAAGAUAGCUUUUUCAAUGUCCCUGCAUAAUUUACUGAAGGAUGCAGCGUUUCUUUCAGUAUUUCUGGAGAAGAAAGUUGAUGAUAAAUUGAGGCAGUUCUCACUUGAAGGGGAGACCUACUUUCCAGGUGUUCUUGGAUCUCAUACCAUUGGUCUGUUGCAGCAACGAGGAAGCAUGUGGUCUAGUGCUCUGAGAAUAAAAUAUGGACUUCUAGGAAAUGCAAAAAAUCUUCAGCAUGAAUGUAAUGCAGGACAGAAAAUUAAAGAGGAGACCAGUCCAAAUGAAGUGUAUAAACUGGAUCUGGGGCAUGAGCUUCACUGUACACAGACUCCAUCCUAUAACCACAAGGCUCAUUUGAGGCAUGAAAAGAGUUCAUCUCAGCUCUACUCCCAGCUGGAAAUCAGCUAUGGCAAACACUGGGAUGAAAUCAACAACAAGAAGAAGCUACUGAUCAGCCAGACAUUUAAAAAUAGUUCAACCCCAUCUCAGGUCAACUACUUAAUGGAGUUUACCAUGCAAGUCCCUGAAAAGCAGGUGAAUUACAGAACCCAGCUGCAGCACUCUCAUAUCUCUCAGGGCCGAUCGGAGAGUAGCACCAACUUUAAGGUGCAGUAUAAUGACCGCAUGCCAUUUGUGGCAGGACUGCAGUGGAAAGAUACAUCCAGAAAUUUCCUUAGGAAGUGGGAAGGUGCACUAAACAUGGACACCCCAUGGCUAUAUCUGUAUGUAGCUCACAAACUACACCAACCUGAGCAAGCUACUUAUUUGUCUACUGUGGAGCUAACAACCGGGAAAGCCCUUUCCAUCAAGAACCUGGUGGUGGAAAUCUUCUGUAAAGACAAAGACAAUGAAAAAGAAGGGAAAAUCUAUAUCUAUACACCAACUACUACAUACCUGCGGGCAUCCACAGUCAAUCACCUUGAGAGAAAUGUUCUGCAUAGCUACAAUGAAGUGGUAUCUGUAUGGAAUCAGCUUGUGAGAAAUCAGGUUCAUUUGGAGAAUAGCAAGCAAGCCAAAUUUUUCUGCUUUAAGAUAAAGACUCUGAAGCAGGAGUUUAAUUUGACAGCUGAUUAUUUACACCUGCAGGGGCCUAAACGGAGUAAUGUCUCUGUGAGGGCCCAAUGGACGGACCACAAGAGUCUGCCAGUAGUGUUGCUGCUGGAGGGUCAGAUAGAAGAGCUGAAGAAAGAUAAAAUGCUCUACCAGAAACGUGGAACUAUCCAUUUCAGACAUCCAUUUAAACUGCCCAUUCCUCAGAGCUUCCUUCUCCAGGAGACAUUUACUGUAGACAAAAAGCAAAGCCACUACUUCUUGGAGACUAAAAUUUUGAUAAAUGGGCUGGAUGAAUCAGUUCAAACCUUUACACUUGGCUAUCAAGCUGAACAUCCCUAUAUUUGUGCUGGCUUAGCUCAUCCUUAUAACAGCAAGAUUUUCCCCCAAAACAUAGAAAUAUGUGCCUUAACCCGAAAUCACCAAAGUGCAAAGCAUGAGGUUGAAGCUGUUCUGAAAGUCAAUAAGAAAGAUGCCCUCAGGCUUCUGGGCAAGUACCAGAACAAAUCCAGUGAGACGGAUUUCAGACAUCUCUUACACAUGGACAUGGCUCACUCCUUCCAGCUCAAGUUUCCACAAGCACUGGCCCUGGGUGGAGAGCUAUUUUCUACACAAACCAAACUGGGAGUCUUUGAUUAUGGUCUGAAUACGAAAGUCACAAUCAACAGAAAUGAUUCUUUACAGUUUACUGCUCAGCUAAAUGGAUCAAACACUCACUUCGGAUUUUCUUCCCAGUUUACUCAUCCAUAUCAAACAAAAUUCCCCCAAGACUUUCAGGCCCAUGCAGCUGUUAAGAGCUAUGGUGAGAACAGCUUCAGAGGAUCACUUUACCUUCGUUCUCGUGGAAAGGAUCUAGUGCUGCUGGAGGCUGAUAUGAGCAAGGAGAAUAGAAAGAAUAUGAGGGUUGUUGGAGUGAGCGCUCUUCUGUAUCAGGCAAUUCUGACAGAACCAGAGUCAGUACAGCUGCAGCUAAUGAGCAAAGUAUCUCCAACAAGACUUUUAUUAUCUUCUGAGCUGAAGCUAAAUGAGAACAGGCUUCAUCUAGAUUUUGUGGGAGCCAAGGAGCAGAAAGUUGGUCUUGUCCUGUCCCUGUAUGGGAAAGUCCAACACAACAUUGGUGGCUUGGAGGUCAUACCACAGUUUUUUUCUCUGAAUGGAUCUCUGAAGCGCAAGAACAACAUUCAUGAAGGUAACAUCAGUGUGGUGCUCAAUAAGGCACUGUAUGGGCUGCAGCUCAGGAACAGAAAUGUAUUUGGGAACAUCAGUCUGCACAAUAUCACUUUCACAUUGACCCAGAACGGCAGCCAGGCAAUCCCAAUGGAAGCAAAGUUAAAAACACACCUGGAGCUCAAUAAAGGAGUCAAAAGGGGUCUAGCUAGUUUUCAGGUGGAUGGGCAAGCUCUCUCUAUGGAUGUUUCCAAUGUCAUGAAUCGGGAACACAGAGGAAUCACUGGGACUCUCAUACAUAACAUCAGCUCUUUGAAAAUUGCAGGAUUUCCUACAGAUGGUACUAUCACUGCCAUAUAUGACCAUGUCAUUGCCAACCACACUGUUACUGUAGCCUUACAGAGUGGCAGCGAAAGGAUUGUUGCUGCACUUGGAGUUGAGAGACUGUCCUUAGAAUCUCCUAAGUUACAACUAACUGCAAGUUUGAAGCACAACAUCACAAAGCUAAAGAAACAUGGUAUCCCUUUUACUAUAGAAGGUGCUUGCUAUUACCAGAACUUCAGCAAGAAGAUAGCUGCUGGGGUAACAGCCAGGGUGGAGAAGGAACAUUUCAAGAUGGGAGUAGAAAAGAAAAGCACCAGGAGUACUGUGGAAAUUGUCCUUUCGUUACACCAUGACCUGAGAGGACUGCUUACCAUUGUCCCAACUGUGGUACAGGUCAAUUGCAAUGGAGAAUCUACCUCUGAUCAGCUUUCUGGACAUUGCAAUGGAGAGGUUACAAGCUGUUUAUUUGAGACGCCAGCAAGAGUUUCAUUUAAUGGGUCAUUGAUCACCAGCAACUCUACAGCCAAGUUCAUUGGUCAUGUUUCUUCCAAUGAUGCCUUCAUCCGCCUGCACCUGCAUGCCACCUCUGGCCUCGAGCAUAGUGUGGAGAUUGGCUUCAACCAUUCCUUGCCUCAACUUCAGUCUCUUGGCAUAACCAAAGAGAACCAAGUGAAGAUGUCAGCAGUACAAGGAGACAAAUAUAAGGGCCUGAUGGACAUUGUCCUUGGACAGUGCACUUUCAAAGCAGCUGGAGAAGUGAAACCAGCAAAAAAUGAAACCAAUAUAGAAUGGACAGUUACUUUGAUGAAUACAUGUGUCACCCUUCAGAAGUUGGGAUUACCUCAGACUUUAGCCACCUGGGGCUCAUUCAUUGUGAACACCCGUAAUAUUAGCUCAACAAUCAACCUCCAGUGUGAUGGCAAAACAGCUGAUGUGCAAAUAGAGAGCUCCUGCGGACACAAACAUGUUUUCCAAGGAAUAUUGAGGCACUCUGUUCCCCAGUUCAGUGACCUAGGGCUUCCUGCCCAAAACUCCAUUCUACUUUCUGCAGCUAAAGGAUCUGCAAUUGAGGGCCUUUUGUUGCUACAGGCUGGUGAAUGCAAGUUCAAGGCAAGAGGAGAUUUACAGACCCAGAAUAGAACUGAAUGGACAUUGGAGACAGAAAUGGGAUGUCAGCUACUGCAGGAUCUCAAUAUCCCGGCUCAGUCACAGCUCACUGGAUCUGUUCAGAGGGAUGGCUGCCAAGCAAAACUUUUCUGUACCCUCAAAGCGGAUGGCAAGUCUGCCUAUCUGAAAGUGAGAACGGAGAGCCAGCCAAAGGUCACUAUGGAAAUUGAAUUCAGGCAUGAACUGCCUCAGCUGAAGGGAAUACCAGGAGAAAAUAAGUUGUCCAUCAUGGCAGAAAAAGAGUUAAAAUACAGUAUUCACAUAGAAUUGAAAUCAGGCAUUUGUGAACUUCAAGCCAAUGGGGACCUUCAAGUAGAAAACAGAGUUCAAUGGAAAAUGCUUAUUGAGAACAAAUGCAAAACAAUGCAGGAUCUUGGAACACCAAUAAAAAUUGAUGGAUCAGGAUACAUCCUGAUAGAUAAAAUGAACUUAGAUUCACAAAUGCAAAUCAUUGUCGAUGAAAGGACAUUACAGGGACUUCUUAUAUUAAAAGCCACUGACGAUAAACAAGAGCUGGAUGCCUCUUUGACUUCAGAAAAAAAUGGGGACCUCUAUAGAAGAUUCAUUCAGUUUAGUGUGGAUGGCAAAGAAAUUACAGAAGAACUGAACUUCAUUUGGAAGCUGGACCGUGUGUCGAUUAACUACAAGCUCACACAUAACAUAGAGGCACUGAAGGCACUGAGAAUAGAAGACAGGAUAGAGUUGCAGGCUACCAUUGACCUGAGAGAUAGCAAGAGUUUCAAUAUCAAAACACUCUAUGGUUCUGGUCUGUUGGUUCUUGGAGGACAAAUCCAAAAGUCUGAGUCAAGAACUAACGCGACUGGGAAUUUCCAGCAUACUUGGCCAUGGCUGACACAACUUGGAGUCUCAGCAUCUAUCCAGAUGGCUGUGUCCCUUCAAAGAUUAAAUUCCUCUCAAGAGAGACAUAUGCAAAUUAUGGCUGGACAAACAUCAGUCACAUACACAGUUAACUCUCGUUACGUUGGCCAGCAAAUGGAAUUUUUCUGCCAAUGUUUACAUAACAGUGAGGCUCUACUGACGUUUGGCUACCCUAAGGCGACCAAUCUGACUCUCGUGUUACAGAAACUAGAAAAAAAAGCCAGGACAACUCUUGAAAUUCGAUACGAUGACAAAUAUAUAACUUUGAAUAUGGGUGUUGUUGCUGACUUUGAACUAUAUGGUAUGUUUGAACUGAUGGCAGAGGUAAAACAUUCAAUAACCUCCCUCAAGGAUUUGGGACUUCCCUUCAUGAUUAAGGUAGCAUUCCUUGAAGGCCUGACUGAAAAUGAAAUUGAAGGCUCUCUGAAGUUGACCUAUAAGCUCAAUACAAGCCUCUCACUCUCUAUCCAUGUGAAAAACAAACAGCAAAGUGAAGAACUGAAUAUAAAGGUCCUACAGAAUGUCCCCUUCCUUCUUCAAUACCUCCCUGGUUCAACUGAAAUUUCCUCAAAGGUAAAUUACUCCAUGAAUGAAGCAGAAGGCAGACUUUCUAUCGGGAUUGAAAAAAAGGAUUUCCAUGUUGCAACUAAGUUAACUUUCACUGAGACCAAAUACAGAAAAGUCAUUGAAAUGAUGCACACAAUGCCCCAGUUAAAAAUCCUUCCAAGGCAGCUUGUCUUCAUAACAGUAUACCAGACAAAUAACAGAACUCAUUUGUUGAGACACAUUGUACUGUGGGACGGCAAGGAGGGAAAAGUAACAGCCACUUACAAUGGAUUCUUCCCAAAGUUAUCUGGAGCUCAUGACAUUAAGGUGGAGAUUUCCCAUCCUUUUGCCAUCCCUUUUCCCCAGCAUUCCAAGGUCAAUAUAUAUGUGGAGCAUUCAACACACUGUCAUCAGGAUGAUAUCACCAUUGGUUGGAACAACAAAGACCAGGUGUUAGUUUCAUCAUCCCUGAAAUUUGGAAAAGAGCAUGUAAACUACCAAGUCACUAUUGUUCACCCGUUUAAUUUCACCUUGAGGCAACUGGAGGUCAGUUCCCUGUCUGAAAGAAUCGGUGGAAAGUACAACCAGCAGAUGCAGCUUACUUGGAAUGGUGGGAAGCCUGCUGACUUCAAAAUUACUCUAGAAGACAAAUCUAAAUUCAGCAUCACCCUGUGGGAUGCUUGUGUGGUAGUUUCUUCAGGUCAGCUUCAGAAAGUACUAACUGUAGGAAGUCUUCAGGCAUGUGGGGCUAUAAAACAAACAACAAUCUUCCUUAAUGAGUAUCUAGAUCUGAACUGGGAUGGAAAAAAUAUCAGACAAAAUCUGACAUAUGAGAGAAACAGACCAUUGUAUCCAGCUAAAUUUCUGUUAGAAGUCACUUUGGAAAAUGUUUUUCUGACCUCAUGCAGCAAGCAACACAUGCUGAGUAAAAUAGGAACAGACUUCUCUACUUGGCUAGAUUACUACAUGAGUCUUGCCCUUUGUGACCUUCCAAAUGUAAUUGUUCUUGCUGGAAAGCAUCAGCUCAACAGAGGAGAUAUCAUCCUGCAGUCAGAAGGCAGACUCCGCCUUACUGGUGAUGGCAGAGACGACAGGGUGAUCACAAUAGCCUUAAAGAAUAACAGCACAGCUGAACUGAAGAAAUAUUUGAUGGAAUUUGAACUGAAAGCAUCUGAAGAUAUUUGGCUAGGCCUGUCAGGAACUGCUGUUUCCUCUGCUCUUCAAAGCCAAAUCCUGAUGGAGGGAAAUAUUGAUCGAAAAGAGAAAGUAAAAGUAACUGUGUCUAAAGCAAAGGAGUGUCACCAGUAUUACAUGGGCUAUGUAAAAGGAGACUUGGAGGAAGGAGUAGAGCUCACUGCAUGUAUUGAUGGACAACGGAUGGCUACCAUUAAUACCUAUCUCAAUGUUAAUGGUGUAAGGCAAGAAAGAUUGGGACAAUUGACCCUAACUGCUAUUAACCAGAGCUUGAGUUUGGUAGCUCAUGGGUGUGGAAAUUCAAUAAUUAAAGUUGAGUAUAAACUUAAUGAAAUUGGGUGCCACCUUAAAGCCAAACUCAUGGAGAAGAUCAAGAAGUUUGAUGAAUCGGUUUGGAAAUUCAGGAGCUCAGUGCAGCAAAUUGAUUUCCUGUAUGAAGCAGCUGGCUGGCCUUUGAAAGCCUCCCGGGAAGUUGCUGGAAUCCUGCAAAAUGGGGGGGGAGCUGUCACCCAGAUGUGGAAGCAGAGUGGAAUCAAGCAAGCUCUGCGGAACAACCUCCCACUGUACUUGGAAAAAAUUCAAGAGACUGUACAGCAAAUGCAAAAUGAACUACAAAAACCAUUAGCCACCCUGAAGGAUGCCUACUAUGAUGUGACUUUGAAGUCACUGGACGAAGUUUGGCAAGAGAAAACUGAGGAAUAUAUGAAGAAAAUCCAGGCUUUUGUGCCCAGUAUUGUAAAAGAUGUGUGGUUAAUGGAACCAAUCCAGGUGGCAUUAACAGCCAUGAAAACAAGCUUGGAUUUGGCAACACGUCAGCUACUGAGAUGGGCAGAUGCCAGGAUUUCCAGAGCUGUGAACAAGAUCCGGAAACCGUUAUCAAAUCUGUACAGUUUUUCAGCCAGGAACUGUUCAAUGGCAGUGAAACUGCCAGUGCUGCCUAAAGGAGACCACUUUGUGGGCCUGGCAAAUAUCACUAACUACCUCAUUGAGGAAAAGCUAAUGCGGCCUCUCCGGGACCUGUACAACAUCAACCCAGUUGCUGAGUAUUAUAGAAUCAAACAGAGGCUGAUGGAGAGCCCCUUUGAAUACCAUGCUGUACUGAUGGGAAACAAGCACAUCAGGACUUUUGAUGGAAGAAUGUAUGAUCUGACAUCGAGGUGCAGUGUGCUUCUUGCCAAGGAUUUUGUUCACAACACAUUUACUGUAGUGCUGAACCAGGAGAGUAGUGGCUUGGGUUCACUGCAUGUGAAAAUGAACUGGACAACCAUUGAUAUCUACCCCGGAUUGAAGACAUACAAGAUUUACAAUAUUUCCCUGCUGGAGGAGAACUGCCUCAGUCUGAAUCAGUCUGAAAAGAACGGACUCACCAUAAGAAAGGAGGCUAACAGAAUAGAAGUAUCGAAUGAAAAUUCAGUUUCUGUCUCCUGUGACUUUCACUAUGAUCUCUGUACUCUUACACUGGAUGGAUGGCAUCAUGGUGUGUCAGCUGGUCUUUUUGGUACCAAUGAUAAUGAAGCUGGAAAUGAAUGGAUGCUUCCCAAUCACUCCUACGCUGGUAGCAUGCAGGAAUUCACAAGGAGCUGGCAGGUGAGCAGUCAUUGCAGCUACGUGCAGAAGAAAGCAAAGCCAUGUUCCAGCACAGCUAAGACAAACAUUUGUAAAAUGUUUUUUCAAGAUCCCCACUCUCUUCUUAGGAACUGCUUCAAAGUUGUGGACCCUGAACCAUUCUACAGCAUGUGUGUGCAUGAUGCUUGUGAUUCCAAUGUACUGAAAGCUGUCUGCAACUUGGCAGCUGCAUUUGUUCAUUUGUGCAGCAGAAAUUUCGUCCCCUUGGAAAUUCCUUCUCAGUGUGUCUGAAUUUGCUUCUAAUGGCAACUGUCAACCCUGAAGAUGAAAAAAAAUGUGUUUGACAACCUAGAAGCAACAGUAUGGAAAAGAGAAAUAGAAUCCAUGAAACCCAUGAAUUACAACAGAUUAUAAGAAGAAAAGAUUUUCAGACUAUUGAGCCUGAAGAAAGUUUAAUUAUUACACUUAUUUGUCGUUAUAUUACAAUCACACCAGGGUAAUUCUAACAUAAGAGUACUUUUUAUUCUAACAUAAGAGUACUGUUGUUUGGUUACAAAUCUCAUUUUUAUCCCAAGUCUUGAACUAUAAUUUCAAUAUAAUUAAAACAAUUACAAUAUCUUGCAUCCCAGAUCAAUAAACUCUGGCUGCUUUAUCAGAAUGCUAAGUCUGAAGGUUAUAUUAAACAAUGAAAGUACAUUUCAUUAUUCUGUAGGACUCCAAUUCAGCCAUUUGAUCUGUUCUAGAGGGAUUCAUCUUCUAACUAAUUCGUCGUCUAACAUCUUUCUAAGAGAAGAGCACAAAAAGUGAGAUUUUUGAGAUGCUAAAAAAUAGCCAUUCCUUGUGCUCUCCCACCUGAUUCCCAUUACAAAACAAUUAGCACACAUCAUGUACAUUAGCUUAGGGUAUAUCUGCACUACAGUUUUGUCGGAAAAAUGGCCGUUUUUCUGACAAAACUUGAGGAACGUUCACACUGCAAUUGCGUUGUUCCACAAGAAAAUUGAAAGAACAGAAGG